CCUGCGCGAGCGCCUUCCCGUCCCGGCCACUUUCUGGGCGCCUCGUUCGCCGCAGCAGCAGCAGCAGCACCUGCCCGACGGCGCGGACGGCGGAGAGAUGCUGGGACUGUCGCUGCUGCUGGGCUUCAGCACCGGCUGGCUGGCCUAUUACUGGGCGCGCGUCCCCAAGCCCCCGCUGCUGGUGGCUUGCCAGCCCUUCCGCUCCUUCCUGGAGAAAUAUUGCCCCAUUGUGAACGAGACCUUCUACCCCACGCCCUGGUGCUUCGAAGGACGGCUCCAGACCAUCGUCCGCGUCUUCCUCAAGUCCAGCCCGCCCGUCUCCUACCGCAGUGAAGUGCUGAGGACCGCAGACGGAGGCCAGCUGCUGCUGGAUUGGGCAGACGGCGAGAGCGGGCAGCACCCUGACCCAGAGAGCUGCCCCAUUGUCCUGUUCCUGCCAGGCCUGACGGGCAACAGCCAGGAGACCUACAUUCUGCACAUGGUCCUGGGCGUCAAGCAACGGGGCUACAGGGCUGUUGUGUUCAACAACCGAGGCUGCAAAGGAGAGGAGCUGCUGACCCACAGGGCUUUCUGCGCCAACGACACUGAAGACCUGGAGCUGGUGGUGGGGCACAUCAAGAGCCGCUUCCCCCGGGCCCCCCUGAUGGCGGUGGGCGUUUCGCUGGGCGGGAUCCUGGUGCUGAACUACCUGGGGCGCAAGGGCCCAGAAGCCGGACUGGUGGCCGCCAUGACGUGCUCCGUCAGCUGGGACUCCUUCGAGACCACCCACUCCCUCGAGAGCCCCCUCAACCAGGUGCUCUUCAACCAGCACCUGACGGCCAACCUGCGCAAGCUCAUCCAGCGGCACAGGAAGGUCAUUGCUGAGCGAAUUGAUGUGGACCACGUGCUGAAGGCGCGCAGCAUCCGGGAGUUUGACGAGCGCUACACGGCUGUGGCCUUUGGCUACAGCUCCUGCGAGGAAUACUACCAGGCCGCCAGCCCCUGCCAGAAGGUGCACAGCUUCCGGGUCCCGGUGCUGUGCCUCAACGCCUCAGACGACCCCUUUUCCCCGCUUCACGCCAUCCCCGUGAAGGAAGCCCAGAGCGUCUCCACCCUGGCGCUGCUGGUGACGGCGCGAGGAGGGCACAUUGGCUUCCUGGAGGGGCUCCUGCCGCGCCACCAGAGCUACAUGGACCGCGUCUUCGCCCAGUUUGCGGGGGCCGUCUUUGAGCACCAGGAGGAGCUGGCAGCCGCCGUGGCAGCCGAGCAGGAGCAGCAGCUGCAGCAGUGCCACGAACAGGGGCCAGGCGCCCAGGUGGCAACCUCCUAAGCAGAACCAGGGAGGAGCAGGAGGGCCCUGUGGCCCCCAGCGCAGGCCCUGUGAGCCCCACAGGUGGAGGGCCUGAGCCUGUUUCCCUGCUCCUUCCAAGGGGGGGAACCAGAGGCAAGCAGCCCCUCCAAGAGCCUGGCUCUGCUGGGACCAGGACUGUACAGAAUACAAGAUGACUUUUCCAGUACCUUGGCGUGAGGCUGCUUCCAUUCUGGGCACAAAGGAAGCUGCACUUCUCUCGCCCAGAAACUUGCUUCCACCCCAGUGAGGAGCCCUUUCCCCUCUUUCUUUGGGGGGGGGCAGCAAGAGCUCGGGGGCAGAGCAGCUGCUCUGCCUGCAGAAGGCCUUGGGUUCAAACCCCUUUGGCAGCGUCUCCAGGGAGAGCUGGAGCCCUGGAGAGCGGCUGCCAGUUAAAGAACUAUAGAACAGCUGGCAAAGGACACCCAUCUAAAAUGGUCGCAAGCCGCUUUGGGCUGCCCUAAGUAACUAACAAGUUUAAUCAAUAAUCAAUAAUAAUAAUAAAGACCCAAGAGAGCCACUCCCAGCCAGCAGCGGCCACCGGAGGCCGAACUGGUGAAAGGAGAGAAAGGGCUGAGAUCUUUGAAUGAGUUGGGUCCAUUUCCUGUAAAAUAAACACACACAAAUGUGGA